AUGGCCGCCGAUGAGUUGAUGCCGACUCACAAGUCGCACAGAAAUCCCAAAUCAGGUCCCACCAUGAAGAAGAAAUCUGAAAACGACAAGAAGAAGCGUGGCGUCCCCGAUAACAAGCAGCAAAACCCUAGAGCGUUUAGCUUUACGUCGGCUGAUAAGGCGAAGAUUUUGAAGCUUCACGCUGCGGAGAAGGAACAGAAACGAAUUCAUCUUCCGACUAUUGAUCGUAAUUACGGCGAUCCUCCUCCUUUCGUCGUCGUUGUUCAAGGUCCCCCAGGGGUCGGAAAGUCUCUUGUGAUUAAGUCCCUUGUGAAGCACUUUACACACCAGAAUGUACCGGAAGUUCGAGGACCUAUCACCAUUGUACAAGGUAAGAAGAAUCGGAUACAAUUUGUGGAAUGCCCUAAUGAUAUAAAUGGGAUGGUGGAUUGUGCCAAGGUUGCUGAUCUAGCUAUUCUUCUCAUAGACGGGAGUUAUGGUUUUGAGAUGGAAACCUUUGAAUUCCUCAAUAUAAUGCAAGUGCAUGGAUUUCCCAAAGUUAUGGGAGUCCUCACACACCUGGACAAGUUCAACGACGUAAAGAAGCUGAGGAAAACAAAAAAACGUCUCAAGCAACGUUUCUCGACAGAAAUAUACAAAGGAGCUAAAUUGUUUUAUUUAUCUGGUCUCAUUCAUGGGAAGUAUUCAAAACUUGAAGUUGACCACCUAUCCCAAUUUAUAUCUUUAUCUUUAAUCAAGUUUCAUCCACUGAAAUGGCGAACGUCACACCCAUAUGUGUUGGCUGAUCGUAUGGAAGAUGUUACCCCUCCCGAGAAAAUUCAGAUGGAUAAGAAAUGCGAUAGAAAUGUCACGUUGUAUGGUUACCUACGUGGUUGUAACUUGAAAAAAGGGACGAAGGUUCAUAUUGCUGGAGUUGGUGACUAUAGUUUAGCCGGGGUGACUGCCUUACCUGAUCCUUGUCCUUUACCCUCAGCUGCCAAGAAGAAGGGGCUGCGUGACAGAGAAAAGCUUUUCUACGCUCCUAUGUCCGGGAUUGGGGAUCUUUUGUAUGACAAAGAUGCUGUUUAUAUUAAUAUAAAUGAUCACCUUGUUCAGUACUCUAAAAACGAUGAUGAAAUUGGAGAUCCUACUAAUAAAGGAAAGGGCAGGGAUGUUGGUGAAGAUUUAGUAAAGUCGUUGCAGAACACAAAAUAUUCUGUUGAUGAGAAGUUAGGGAAAACGUUCAUCAAUUUAUUUGGAAAAAACAUUAUUUCCACCAGCUCAGAAAGAAAACUUGAGGAAGAGUCAUCAGAGUCUGGUGAUGAUGAAGCUGAAGAUUGUGUAAUGGAUGUAGAGAGCAGCGAUGGUGAAACGAAGCAGAAAAAUGAGAUCCAUGGUGGGCUGCUGAGGAGGAAAGCUAUCUUCAAAGAUGAAGGCGGUGAAAGUGAUGCAGCAAUGGGCUCAGACCAAGAUGAUGUUGAGGGAGAAGAAGAUGUUGAAUCUGACGGUGAUGAAUCCGAAGAUGGCGAAGAUGACUCUGCCUCUGAUUCGCAGGAAUUAGAUGAAGAUGAUGUUGAGGAAGCAGGAGAUAGAGUCCUUGGUAACAUAUCAAAAUGGAAAGAACCCUUAAAGGAGAAGGGCACAAAGAAAAACCUCAACUUGAUGCAAAUUGUUUAUGGUGCAUCGGGAUCAUCAGCUACUACUGAAGAAAAUGAUGACGAAGACUUCUUUAAGCCAAAAGGAGAACAAAACAAGAACUUAGGUGGUGCAAUGAAUGUGGGAUAUGUCAACGCAGAUGACUGUUCAAGAUUUAUAAAUUAUGGAAACCUGAAAAAUUGGAAAGAGAAAGAGGACUGUGAGAUCAUUCGUAAUCGAUUCACCACUGGUGAUUGGUCAGAAGCUGCCCUGAGAAAUCAAAACUCAGUCCCUGGCGAUGAAGGUGGUGAUUUUGAGGAUCUAGAAGCAGAGAACGUAGAGUCUGGUACAAAUCAAAAUGAAGAUAGUGAAGCAGUUGAGCGUAGGCAUCAAAAGCUGGCUCUCCGAGCGGAGUUUGAUGCGAACAAUCCCACUUAUAGUGAAGCCAAGGAACUCGGAUACGUUGAUAAAUUGAAGGAGGAGCUUGAAACUAGAAAACAAAUGAACAUGUUAGAGCUCAAUGAUCUUGACGAGGAUACUCGAAUCGAGGUAGAAGGUUUCCGGACUGGAACAUACUUGCGGCUGGAGAUUCACAAUGUUCCUUGUGAGAUGGUCGAGUUCUUUGAUCCGUGUCAUCCAGUUCUUGUUGGAGGUAUUGGUUACGGCGAGGAUAAUGUUGGAUAUAUGCAGGCACGGUUGAAGAAACAUAGGUGGCAUAAGAAAGUACUGAAGACGAGAGAUCCCAUUAUUGUGUCUAUUGGAUGGAGACGCUACCAGACUGUUCCUGUAUACGCCAUUGAAGAUCGCAAUGAUAGGCAUCGAAUGCUCAAGUAUACUCCGGAACACAUGCACUGCCUUGCUACGUUCUGGGGUCCUCUUGUCCCGCCCAACACAGGCUUUGUCGCUUUCCAAAACCUGUCAAGCAAUCAGGCAGGGUUUAGGAUAACAGCGACUUCUGUAGUACUCGAGUAUAAUCACCAAGCCCAUAUCGCAAAGAAAAUCAAGCUGGUUGGUCACCCAUGCAAGAUCAAGAAAAAAACUGCAUUUAUCAAAGACAUGUUCACUUCUGACCUCGAAAUAGCUCGGUUCGAAGGUUCAUCUGUCCGGACAGUUAGUGGCAUUAGAGGACAAGUUAAAAAGGCUGGAAAGAACAUGCUAGAUGACAAUGCACAAGAAGGGAUUGCGAGGUGUACAUUUGAAGACCAAAUAAAAAUGAGCGACAUAGUCUUCUUAAAGGCUUGGCCAACAGUGGAAGUUCCACAGUUUUACAAUCCUCUAACUACAGCCUUGCAGCCUCGGGAGAGGACGUGGACAGGGAUGAGAACGUUUUGGGAACUUCGUAGGCAGCAUAACAUUCCUAUUCCGGUGAAUAAGGAUUCACUCUACAAGCCAAUCGAAAGGAAGAUAAAGAAGUUCAAUCCAUUGGUGAUAUCAAAGAAACUACAAGAGGAGCUACCGUUUACUUCCAAACCCAAAAAUAAACCAGGGAGAAAAAGACCGUCACUGGAUGUUAGAAGAGCUGUUGUAAUGGAGCCGGGAGAAAGAAAGGCUCUUGCUAUUGUUCAGCAACUAAAGCUGAUGAAUAAAGUCAAGAUGAUUAAGAGAAAAGCAAAGGAGCAGGAGAAGAGGAAAGAGUAUGAGGCAGAGAAAGCUAAGAAGGAGGCAGUCUUUAAGAAACGUAACAGAGAGGAGAGACGUGAGAGGUAUCGUACUGAAGAUAAACAGAAGAAUAAGAAGAUGAGACGAAACCAAGAUUAGUAUUUAUUUAAUACAUCUUUUUUUGCUAAGACCAAGAUUUCUUCAUUUCUCUGAUCUCAGACUAGGGUUGCUUCAGCCUUUCAUCA